UAUUUUUAACAACAAAAUGGUACGAGUGGAAUGGCAUCAUUUCUGUUAACCUUGAAACAUGGACUAACAUAACACAGUGCGCACGGAUCUAACUUUUUUUCAAGAUUUAAACUGUUUUUCCGAGUGAUAAUUCAGCUCCCUGGUCAAGUGUAGAAGAUACUGGCGCACGGGAAAUCGUUUGAUAUCACGCCAUUGGUGAACUUAAACGGAAGAUGAUGAACAGUCUCUUAGGGCUAUGGAAAACUACUCGAACAGGAUGCUGUUGUUGAUUUUUUUUUAAAGCCUCAAAUCCGGACAAGAGUGUUGAUAAAGAUAUGACAGUGUUAUGGAUUAUACUAAAGGCCUUGAAAUGCAGUUUGGAGUAAGACGCAUUGCGUGAAUUUCAGCGUGACGUAAAAAAAUACUAUCGAACUGACGCAAAGCAUAAUAUCCAAACUGGCAUUGAAAGGACUAAUGCAUAAAAACAAAGUGACUUUGAGGAAGCUGAAGAAGAAUCGUAGCAAGUAUAAGGAUUGCAAUGAAAAUGAGAAGAAGAAAAGAAAUCGCAAUGGUUCCUCCUCUAUGGAAGACGUAUCCAUAAAGUCAGGAAAUGCGGACGGAGAUACCACAAGCCUUGAAUUACUAGAUCUUGAAGGAACCGAUAAGGACAGCUUGCGGUCCUCAAAUCGUGGAAGCCGAAGUAUUGCAGAUAGUCUCAAAUCAAGGAUCCGUGACUUAAGUCCUUCUCGUCACUCACCCAGCCCAAAACCUGACAGAAAAGCACACAAAAACAAGAGCCCCAAAUCACCGCAGAGAUCACCCGGAGGAUGGCUUCCAGCUUCUUUCAAUCAGAUGUUUUCCAGCUACAAAAGCAAGUCUGGGGAUUUUAGAAGGCUUUUCAAGGAUUUGCCAGACAGUGAACAGCUCAUUGUUGAUUACUCCUGUGCCUUGCAAAGGGACAUUCUUGUACAUGGGCGACUCUACAUCUCCCAGAACUGGCUAUGUUUCUAUGCAAAUAUUUUUGGCUGGGAGACAUUUGUCACAAUCAACUGCUCUGAGGUAAUAAGCAUCAGGAAAGAGAAGACCGCCCUUGUUAUACCCAAUGCUAUACAGAUAAGCACAGAGGGAGAAAAGUAUUUCUUCGCGUCGUUCAUCUCGAGGGACACCGCAUUCACAGUCUUAUUCAGGAUCUGGCAGAAUGCGCUUUUGGAUCAGCCACUUUCGCCGAAUGAACUCAUUCACAUGGUUGGUAAGUACUCGGACCCACGACAUGAGUGUAGCACGGAGGAGGAUUCGGAAAACGAGAAGGAUAGUCAACUAAGCAGCUGUGACACGGAUAUGAUGGACGAGGAAGAGGAUGAUGAUGAUGAUGACUUGGCCCGCCUGUCGGGCUCCGAGGAUCCCCUUUCUGCUGAGAGCAACAGUGCAUUCAAGGCUAUCAAAAGUAGCGAUACACUGGUCAUGAACCCAGAGCUUUCAGUGACUCCGCCUUCACCAACCGCCCUGAAAACCGAACAAGACGAGGGCGUAUCCGCCACAGGGGACUCUAGCAGUCUGGACCAGAACACUGAGGAGGACGGUAAGAAAAAGCGGGGCCGCUCCCCCUCGCCUGGUGUCAACAAGCAGGGUGAGACGACCCCCUCCCACAGCCACACCCGGAUACUGAAGAAGCGGGACAAGCGGAAGCAUGGGUCCACAGAGAGGUUAAACGUGACUAGGAGCUUGCGCAAGAAGGAGAGCAGCGACAUGGAUGAAGAAGGUACAGUCUCGGAGUUCCCGGAUGAUGAAGAGAGCGUCAGAGAUCCGCAAGUGUGCAUGUGUGAGAGACAUCUAGCGAUCGACAUGGUCGAUGAGGAGUAUCCGGUUGGUGUGGAUUCUAUGUACGAACUUAUCUUCACCGAGUCCGACUUUUACAAGAAGAUCCAGAAACACCGUAAGACCAAGGAGCUAGUGUUCCGACCGUGGCAGAAAGCCGAGGAUGGUCAACGACGCGUUAUCAAUUAUACCAUCGCACUAAACUACUCUAUAGGACCUAAAUCAUCCCCCACCACAGAACUUCAGCAUUGUUUCAAGGGGAGUAUUCCUGGCAAGUUAUACGUGGUUGAAGCUGAGGUUACGAACGAAGGGAUUCCUUACGGAGAAAGCUUCAGCGUGCUUAAUAGAUACUGCAUAACCAAGAAUACCGAUAAGUCCUGCAGACUCCGCGUCACAAGUGAAAUAAGAUACAAGAAAUCCGUCUGGGGCUUCGUCAAAAAUAUGAUAGAGAAGAAUGCAUCCGAUGGUCUUAAAGAGUAUUUCACAUUUCUAGCGAGCACUCUCAGACAAGAGACAGACACAGGAAAGAAGCUUGCACGAAGGCGCUCAUCACCCUCGCGACGACACAAGCGAAAUCGCAGCCUGAAGAACAGAGACGAAGUGUUCGCCACCCCUCCCUCCAGCGUCACACUCGAGGAUCAGCCGCUCGCCGAAGUACCCCUAUGGCGGCGAAGUUUAUCAAGGGUCGUCAGCUUGAGAUUUAGCAUCCCGCACAUGAAACCCGAAAACAAAUUUGCUAUCGCCGUCGUAAUUCUGCUAGCCUUGUUGCUGUGUCUCAACACUUUCCUUAUGUACCGACUGCUGGCGCUGGAGAGAGCCGCGAAAACACGCUAUGACUGGGCCGUCGAUAUUGAUAAAAUGCCGACCGACGCUAAGGACUGGGCACGAAUGCUUCAACAGCAGAAAAGUCUUUAUGACGCAGAAAUGACCAGAUGGAGAGAUAUUCUUUCGACUUCAAUCAACCUCAUGAACCAGGCGCAACAUUCGUUACUCGAGCUACAAUCGGACCUUCACAACAGAGAUACUUCCUGACGUUCCCUAUCAAUAGAGUAUCCUAGCAACACGGCUUGGUGUCCUAGCAACACGUCUUGGUAUCCUAGCAACACUGCUUGGUAUCUUAGCAAUACUGCUUGGUAUUUUAGCAACACGGCUUUGUAUCCUAGCAACACUGCUUGUUAUCUAAGCAACACAGCUUGGUAUCCUAGCAACAUGUCUUGGUAUCCUAGCAACAUGUCUUGGUACCCUAGCUUUUGUGAACCCCUCUUGCUGUGAAACUCACUUUAAUCCAAGGACGGUGGUCACCUAGUGCAAGAAUGGCUAUCACGUUUCUCAAUUUGUACAGUCUAAUUUAUUCACUGGACCCGAAUUUUGUCAUUGCUGCGUCUCCGCCAUUUGCUGGUCAAAUUGUAGAUUCGCGCGCAUGACAUAAAGCCCCGUAUUAUGUCCUUUACAACCAACAUAGGGGAGAAUAUUCGUGCAUGCCAAAUUUCUUGGAAAGUUUCUAUUGGCUUGUAGGGUACGAUAUCUUACAUGACAUUCGCACAUUGGUGUGUACUUUCAUUCCGCUAUUUUAUGGACGUCUUGUACUUUUCGGACACUUUUCGAAAAUCUUUCAAAUAACAACGUUGAGUUACCAAGUAAUAAGAAAUAACCGAUUGGAUCUUUUAAAUUAUCCUGAGAUAGGCGCGUGCCCCAAGCGCGUACCCAGGCUACCGUACCCAUAAAACGUUUGUACCGUAUGGGUAUGAAUCGUUAAGAAAUUCUCGUUAAAUUUAUCUAUUUAAGUUUUCAAAAUGGUAUUGAUUUUGAUUCAAAUAAUGAUGAUUAUUAUUAUUAUUAUUAUUUGCUGCGGCAAUUUUAAUGUUGAUGAAAUUCGUAUUGACUUGAAUAUGUAAUAUAUAUGGGAAAUAAACCACCAAUCAUUUGAAAA